GGGCCCGGGCCCGGGGGGCGGGAGUCCUCAGUUCCCUCCCCCGCUUCCUGGGACCCGGUCCUGCCCCUCACUGCUCCCUAAUGCCACCCCCCGCCUCUUCCCGGCCUUCUUGACCGCCAAACCCUUCCUCCAGCCCCCAAGCCCCUCCUGGCCUCCCCAGCCCUGGGGGACAGGGUCUUGUGACCUCAGUCCCCUCACACCAUUGCCCUGAGCCCCAGCCUUUGCCUCGGGUCCCUAGCCCCCUUCUCUGGCCGGGGAGCAGCUGAGGACACCAGUCCCCCACCUUGGGCCUCCUCCCUGUCCCCAAAGCCCUGCAGGCCAACUCUGCAGGUCGGAGAGGGAGGGGGCACCGUGGGGUCCCAGUGUGCGUGUGAGGAGAGGGACUGGCACCCAGGCACCGGGUGGGCCACGGUGGCCCCUGAGCCCGGUGCUGUGGGCAUCUGAGCUGUCCCGUGGGGCCUGGCCUCGUCCUCGCCCAGCCUCCCCUCUGGCUGCUGUUGCCGCCUUCAUCUCUCCCUCUCCAUCUCUUGGAGCCUCACUGCUGUCUCGCUCACGCUCCCGUCUCUGUGUCUGCCUCUCAUAUCCCGCUUGUCUGUCCUCCGGAUGUGUCUGCCACCACCUGUCUGUGUCCCUCUGUCUCUCUCCGGGCCCACGUCUGGCUUUGGCUCCCCUUAGGCCUUGGUCCACUCAUCUGUGGGGUGAGGGGUGCUGCUCGUGCCCAGAUCUUCCCGUCAGCACCCGCCCCCUGUGAGAUACGGAGGCUGCGACUCCAUUGCCCCUGUCCUGGAAGGGUCUUCCUCCCCUGACCCUGUGCCCCCAUCACUUCCUCCUCCUCCCUUCUCAACAGACACCCUUUCAUCCUCUUCCCACAUCCAGAAGGCCCUACCCACCCUGUACUCUUGAUUCUCAGCUGAGGGGCCCUACUCCGAGUGACCCCAUCUUCCCCUGUCACCUCCCCACCUGCCUCUUGGGGCUCACAGGGGCCCUUCCACAGGCUUCUUUCUGCCUGGGUCACCGCAACACCGAGGGUUCCUCCCUGGACCCUAACUCCCACCCCAGGGCUCCCCCCAGCCUGGUUCUUCUUCACCUGUGGGCUUUCCCCGUCCCCAAGGUCACGCACUUGACACUGCAGUGAGUACUGUGGAAAGAGCGUUGGCCGGGGAUUGCUCUUGACUGCUUUUCAUCAGACUAACCUUCAGCUCUUGAACCCUGGCCACCUAGGUCUCCCCCACCCCUGGCCCCUCACCUCCUAAUGCCCCCCUAUUAGAUAUGCCGUUGGCCCAGGCCCCUCAGUUUUAGCCUGCACCCCUGGUAGGGCCAGUUGUGGGCAUCUGGGGUUCCCAUCCUGGACACAAGGAGCCUGGGGCCUCUCCAGCCUGGCCCUGCAACCCACCAAGAAACUGAGGUCCAGGUGCCAACCGCAGGGAGGCCUUGGUUUCUUCCCUCCCCCACUGCAUGGCCUCCCCCAGGUUCACUCAUGAGACAGUGGGCCUGGGCCUCGCCGCAGGGGGUGCUCAGGCUCAGGUGCCUCCCCAACCCCAGACAGCCCCUCCGCCCCAGUGAAUGUCACUGUCAGGCACCUCAAGGCCAACUCUGCGGUGGUGAGCUGGGAUGUCCUGGAGGAUGAGGUUGUCAUUGGAUUUGCCAUCUCUCAGCAGAAGAAGGACGUGCGGAUGCUGCGCUUCAUCCAGGAGGUGAACACCACCACCCGCUCCUGCGCCCUCUGGGACCUGGAGGAGGACACGGAGUACAUCGUGCACGUGCAAGCCAUCUCCAUCCAGGGCCAGAGUCCGGCUAGUGAGCCAGUGCUCUUCAAGACGCCGCGGGAGGCCGAGAAGAUGGCCUCCAAGAACAAAGAUGAGGUGACCAUGAAGGAGAUGGGGCGGAACCAGCAGCUGCAGACAGGCGAGGUGCUGAUCAUCGUCGUGGUCCUGUUCAUGUGGGCCGGCGUCAUUGUCCUCUUCUGCCGCCAGUAUGACAUUAUCAAGGACAAUGAGCCCAAUAACAACAAGGAAAAAACCAAGAGUGCGUCAGAAACCAGCACACCAGAGCACCAAGGCGGGGGGCUUCUCCGCAGCAAGAUAUGAAACCUUUUCAGUGCUGGCUUUAGCAGCUCAGAAGACAGUAGAGAAUGUGAGAGGAUCUCAUGGUUCAGGCGAUGAUAUCCAACAACAUCUGGCCCUCUCUACAUUUCCUCCUCCCUCCAUCUCCUUGCACCCUCUGGCUUACUGUCCUCUCUCUUGGCUUCACUCUUUCUGGCGCAUUUUCCUGAAGCCUCUUAUUAACCCCCAUCUCCAGAAGCACCUCAACAAUGUCAGUGACUGAGGCUGCGCUGAGAGGCCGAUCUGCAGGACGUGAGAACCAGCCAGCAGGAUGGCUCUGCUGGGGGUGGACGGGUCCGGGGGCAGUGGGUCCAGGACCCAGACUUGGCCAUUCAGCUGAGUGAGGCCGAAGGCUGGGUUUGCGACGGCAGAGACAAGACAUGCAGGCAGGGCUACUCCUUUCCUUCCACAGGGGACAAGAGCCUGGCUUUCCGGCAGCAGCCCUGCUGCUCCCUUCCUUCUCGUGUCCUCUGUUUCCAACCUUGCGAGAAGUCUAUUCAAUUAGCCCUGGCCGCUUCUCUCAUUUCUUCCUCCCAGUUUCCAAACAAGCUCUUGGUGAACAUCAUCGAAGCGUGACUACCUGUCUACAGGGAGAAAGAUUUCAUUUUUCUUCUCUGCUGGUCCCCAGGUCCACGGGCACAGGGAGGGGGAGGACUACGGUAGAGGGGGAGGCACAGCUGCAGUUCUCUCUCUCCGAUGUCCUAGUCUGGUGAAGGAGACUGAACUACAAACUCAAAUUCUGCAAAAAAUAAACAAGCCACAAAACUUGAGGCCUGGCCCCAUUCUGGAAAAGGCAAAGCUGCAUGAGACACGGCCUUCUUUCUGCCUCCUUGCGUCUCCUGGACGGCCUUCCUCUCUGAGAAGAUGCACAAAGCUUCUGGGAGAUGACAAGCACCGAGACUGACUUAAGCCCUUUCAGACCAAGAACCGUCAGGGAAGCCAUGGGCCUGCCUGCUUGGCAGGGGCGUGGCUGCCGUGGAGCCUUUUCUGGAUUCAGCCAUUAAGGACUUGUUUGUAGUGCGAUGCACAACUUUGUGUGUGUGUGUGUGUGUGAGAUUUAUCUGUUUUGUCUCUUGGAAAACACAACCGAAGGGCUUCAUUCCAGAGGGCCAUAGGGAUUCCCCGAGCUGGUUGCCUGCAUCUUCUGUCUUCUUUGGCCCUUAUUUUGACUGUAAGACUAUCCGUCUGGGGUUUUAAGAAGAAAAUGCAGGAAAGAUACCUGGAAGGUAUUGGCCCCAUUUCGUUAGGAAAGCCUCUUGGAGUUGUAACAGUGCUGUCUUGGACAACUGAAAGGCACGUUCCAGUGGGACAUCCUGAAGGCUGCUAAAUCACCACGCUGUGGUGGAAGCUGCCGGAAGGCAGGCCUGAGCCAUUCAGUCAGAGCAGUCGUGGCCUCUGGGGUCUCCAUAUCUUGCCAUCUCAUCCAGGAUUCUGUGAAAGCUACCCAGGGUCCUCAUGUCCUUCCCUAGAGCCUGUGUGGUGUGAGGUGACAGGUCUUUCUCCACUGCCCCUUUCUGGUAAAAAACAAAACAAAAAACAAACAAAAAAAAAACUGGUGCUUGAUAAGGGAAGGCAGACCCUUCCCUAGGACUGACAAGCUGUGGCAGCUGAAUGCCUGCACAGAAGAGAAGGACCUCUGCGUCUUCCAGUGGUGGCUAUGGACAGGAGUCUGGGAGCACUGCGCCUAGCACAAGCCUGGCACACAGUAGGUGCUCAUUGAAUACCUGUUGAACUGAAUAAGCAAUAGCCCCAAGCCAGAGAGCUGAAAGCCAUCACCCAGUGACCACCCUUCCUUCCGGUCUACAAGAGCUCUCAGGGCUGGGCCGGCCACUUCUGAGUGUGGAACACAGAGAGGGAGGAGAGACAGGGUAAAGGCAGAUGUCAGCAGCACUAAGGGCUUCCUCAUGGGAGGGCAUGAGGCUUCACUCAUUGUCUUGUGACGUCCAUCCCUGCUGAAUGGGGCUGCAAGGCCAAGCUCCUUAGGGGAGAGAGGUCCUAACCUCCGAUCCAGUUAGAGCAAUAACCACUUUUUAAAUGUAAAAUAAAAAGACAAAUGAAAAGGCA